GGUUGGACUGCCUGUGAGCACCGUCGGGCAGCAGUCGUCGCCACUGUGCGUCGCUGAAGAUGUUGCAGCAGCAGCAGCAGCAGCCUCUGACGGGCAACGGGCCCUCCAGCGGCCGGGGACUCGGCGUGAGCGGCCAUCCCGGGAUGCACGCGCUCAACUCGGUUCACCAGCGGCGGUCCGACGGGGGGGACUCGGGCCUCGAGGGCACGGAGAACGGACACGAAUCCCGCAGAGACAUCGGCGACAUACUGCAGCAGAUAAUGACCAUCACAGACCAAAGUUUAGACGAGGCACAAGCGAAGAAACAUGCCCUCAACUGUCACCGGAUGAAACCCGCGUUAUUCAGCGUCCUGUGCGAGAUCAAGGAAAAAACCGGUCUGUCGAUGAGGAACGCCCAGGAGGACGAUGCUCAGGACCCCCAGCUGGUGCGAUUAGACAACAUGCUGCUGGCGGAAGGCGUGGCGGGGCCCGAGAAGGGCGGGGGCGCCGCCGCCGCCGUGUCCGCCGCCACCAGCUCGGGGGGGAUGUCGCCCGACAGCUCGCUCGAGCACUCCGACUACAAAAGCAAGUUGAGCCAGAUUCGCGGUAUCUACCACACUGAGCUGGAGAAGUAUGAGCAGGCGUGCACCGAGUUCACCACCCACGUGAUGAACCUGCUGCGGGAGCAGUCGCGCACGCGGCCCGUGACCCCGCGGGAGAUUGAGCGCAUGGUGGGCAUCAUCCACCACAAGUUCAGCACCAUCCAGACGCAGCUGAAGCAGAGCACCUGCGAGGCCGUCAUGAUCCUGAGGUCCCGCUUCCUCGACGCCAGGCGCAAAAGACGCAAUUUCAGCAAGCAGGCCACGGAGGGCCUGAACGAGUAUUUCUACUCCCACCUGUCCAACCCGUACCCCAGUGAAGAGGCCAAAGAGGACCUCGCCAAACUGUGUGGCAUCACCGUCUCCCAGGUGUGCAACUGGUUCGGCAACAAGAGAAUCCGCUACAAGAAAAACAUUGGCAAGUUUCAGGAGGAGGCCAACCUCUACGCCAUGAAGACGGCCCUGGUGGUCCGGCAGAGCGACGACUCCCCGCACACCCCCAACUCCACAGGAUCUGGGUCCUUCUCUCUAACCGGGUCAGCUGACCUCUUCCUCGGGGUUCCACCUGUGAACGGCGAGCAGUCUGCUUACCAGAUGGGAGUGCAGACUAACGGUAACUGGAAGGGCCGGACCUCGCCCCCGCCCGGCGCCUCGCCCCACAGCGACAACUCGGAUAUCUCUGACUGAAGCCCCUCCCCCGAGCCCCCCCCCGGCCCACUGGCAUCAAAACGACAGCGACGGAAAAGACAGAAGAAUGAUAUCGCACUUCCCCUCUUGGCGGCAGUCGUUUUAGUUUUAUUUUAUUUUUUACGUUGUUUGUUUUUGACUUUUUAAACGUACGUUGUGUUUUCGUCUUUUCUCACCGCUCGGCGUAUGUAGUAUGUUCAGCUGAGUGCACGGAUGCCAGAGGGAGUGUGUGUGUGUGUGUGUGUGUGUGUGUGCAUGCAUGCAGGUGUGGUUUUAUUAUCAGGGUUGGAGGGUUUGUUUUUCCACUAAUUUUGACAUGUUACUGAUGUCUGUGCUCGUGGUUGAGAGGACGCGCACAGCGUUAUUAUUGUUGUAAGCACACUAUAUCAUUAUUAUUAAUAUUAUUGCCGUUUUUAUUAUUAAUGCUACAACUAUUUUUCAUUUUAACAGCUCGGACGGAGAGAAUGCGUUUCGUGAGUGAGAGGACAAUAGAGAGAAAUCCAAAGAUUUUGUGCGUUUGUUUCUCUGUUUUUAUUUGUUACUUUUUGGUUGUUUUCUUUUCUACCGGGCUUGUGUGUCCCAGUAAAACGGAUGGUGUGUGUGUGUGUGUGUGUGCGUGCGUGCGUGUGUGUGAGUGAGUGAGUGAGAGUCCAUAUCAGUGGUUUGAAUGAGUAUAUCAACAGUGCUGUCUUUUUUCUGUACAGUGAAACACCUGUAUUCUCUCUACCUCUUUUACAAUAAAGACUGUAUUCACAACCAG